UCAGAGCUGUUACCUGGGUAACUCUAGCAGACAUGUUCUGGAAAGCUAUCUCAGCUCCAGUAAUGAUCCUUGUUUCUCAAAGUGAAUAUGUCAUUAAGAUAAUUAUGGAACCAAUUCUGAAAUAGCAGUCUUCUUUGGAACACAAAUGGUAUCCAGUUUCUUGACAGUGUCUGAUCAAUGGCACAUAACAGUGACUGCUAAAGACCUCAUGUUGGAUCCAAAAACCACACAAAAGAGGCCAGCACAUGUAAUUGCCAACUUUGUGUAUUUACUCCAAUGUAAGCUCCACUGAGUUAUAUUGGACUUACUCCCAGGCCAUGCUGACAUCGCUGAUCUGUUUCCUUUUCCUGCUUGCUACAGGUUUUUGCUUGCUGUGUGAACGCUGCAGCAGCACCAAUGCCACAUGUACGGGGCCACCAUAUUCUUGCCCAAAGAAACAAAAGCAUUGUCUCACUGUCACUACGGAAUAUUUAUUAGGAAAUGAAAGAUGGAUCUCCACAUACAAAGGUUGCACCAGGAAAAGCUACUGUUUCCCAUCUUCCACAACCUUCACUUUUCCUUCCCAGCGCAAACGGAGAGGUGCCAUGUGUUGCAACAAGCCUCUUUGCAACAGGGGAACUGUCAAAUUGCCGCCAAUGCAUACCAAGCCAAAUGGGCUACUCUGUUCAGGAUGCUUCUCAAAACAAUCUAUAUGCAAACCCACAGAAACAUUAACAUGUCAUGGCAAAGAGAGAAAAUGUGUCUACUACGAUAUGGCUGUGCAACAGGGUGACCAGGUGUAUAAUUUUGCUAAACGUGGCUGUGGGACCAAGUAUGCCUGUAUGAACAAACCCUAUAUUGGGGGGAUCCCUGGACUGUUUGUAGAGACUUUGAAAACUGCCGAGUGUACCGUACCUGUAAGAGGAGUCAUAUGAUUUGCUUUUCAACAAUAGAAACUGGCUGAAUUGAACAUUCGUCAAGAGUUUAAAAAUAUGUAUAUGCAUUAUAUCAUAUCAUUCUUAUUAAGUGUUUUUCAUUUUCACUGAUUUAUGAGAGAAUUUAGUUUGAGCACUUUUAUUUGUGAAUGACUGAAUCAUGUCAUAUAAAGAGACUUUCU